CUCAGGAGCUGGCCCGCCUCCGUGGUUCAUCAGGGAAGCUGUGGCUCCAGCCUCCUGGGACACACACACACAUACGCGCGCGCGCGCACACACACACACACACACACACACACGCACACCCCACAAACAACAGCCCAGGCUGGAUCUUUCCUCCGGUCUCUUCUCUUGGUAAAACUUCUCGGAGACCCAAAGAGAGGACCCAAAAUCCUGAGGCCAGCUGGCAGCAGCAGAGAAGCCGAGGGAGACUAGAGGAUGUAGUCUGCCCUGCCCUGCUGUGGCUGCUGAACUUUCUUCUUUUUCCUGAAAACAUCCAGACUCUCUCUUCUCCCAGACUGGGAAGCAGAACACAGGCCCCCUGCUGCGACACUGCCCCUGAGCUGAGGCUGACCUCAGAGGAGAUAAAGCCACUGGGCUACUGAUACUGUGAUCCAUAGCCCUCAUUCCCAACUGAAGGAAAGACCAACUUCUGCAGGAGAUAAAGCCACUGGGCUACUGAUGCUGUGGUCCAUAGCCCUCAUUCCCAACUGCAGGAAAGACCAACUUCUGCAGGAGAUAAAGCCACUGGGCUACUGAUACUGUGAUCCAUAGCCCUCAUUCCCAACUGAAGGAAAGACCACAUUUCGGUUAAAGGCUGCGCCGUCUCCUGAAGCCCAGCCUGCUCCACCUGAGCUGGUGAUGAAGUGAAGGCGGAGUGGGGGCGCAGCCAGGCCUCCAGCAUGCAUCUGAGGUCAACAGCAGUGGAGGCGGACCAGGGGCCAUGUCCCUCAUCUCAUGGCUUCGGUGGAACGAGGCCCCAUCCCGGCUGUCCUCCAGGAGCCCUGCUGAGAUGGUGCUGGAGACACUUAUGAUGGAGCUGACGGGGCAGAUGCGAGAGGCUGAGAGGCAGCAGCGGGAGCGCAGCAAUGUGGUCAGGAAGGUCUGCACUGGUGUGGACUACAGCUGGCUGGCCAGCACACCCCGACCCACCUAUGACCUCAGCCCCAGUGAACGGCUGCAGCUGGAGGAUGUCUGCAUCAAGAUCCACCCAUCCUACUGUGGGCCUGCCAUCCUCAGGUUCCGGCAGCUGCUGGAGGAGCAGGAGCCAGAGGUGCAGGAGGUGUCCGGGCUUUUCCGCUCGGUGCUGCAGGAGGUCCUGGAGAGGAUGAAGCAGGAGGAGGAGGCCCAUAAGCUGACGCGCCAGUGGAGCCUGCGGCCCCGCGGCAGCCUGGCCACCUUUAAGACCCGCGCGCGCAUCUCCCCCUUCGCCAGCGACAUCCGGACCAUCUCCGAGGACGUGGAGAGGGACACGCCGCCGCCGCUGCGGUCCUGGAGCAUGCCCGAAUUCCGGGCUCCCAAAGCUGACUGACCCCUGCCGCUCCCCUGCCCAGAAGUGGAGCCGUCUACAGGGGCAUGAUAGGCUGGUGACCGGGGCGCCGGGCCCUGGAACCUCCCCACCUAGCCCUGACGAGGAGACGGAAACCCCAGGCGGCCCCAUCCCAAGACGCUGCUGUACAAUGAAGCAAUUCCCCGGCCCACCCUCUUCCUCUGGCCACAAAGCCGAGUUAGGUCCUAGAGCAGCACCGCCCUCGCCCUCGCCCUCGCCCUCUCCUGUAGCCUGCAGGAGCACCCCUUCCCAAACUGGCAGAUUCAAGACCUUGGAAGACAGACCAUUGCCCCGUCCUCAUCUCCUGCUUCUGCCUAAAAGGGGAGAGUUGCCCUACCUUUUUACAAGACCUAGAGUCUUACCCCAGUUUCAGGGAUGUCCCAUUCACUCCCCUACCCCCAUCCCCAAUGAUCAGGGACCUGUUUAAUGGUAUCCAUUCUCGCUAGUGACUGGCUGAGCUCACCACUGCAGGUGGGUCACAGCCUCACGGACAGGUACAGCUGGAAGCGACCAGAGAGACAAUUAGAUCCACUCUCUUUAGCUAGUAAAUUCGGAAAUUGAGGCUCAGAGAGGAACACUUCUUCCACCUUUAACUGUAGCCAGCUCCUCAUGAACAGUGAGAUUGUUCCUGCAUGAAUAGUGUCUGUUCCUGAGUCUGGAAUCCUGGGCUGGGAUGGGACAGGUCCAAAGGAUACAUCUCUACCUACCUGUGGCCUGAUCUAUCUCUUACCUUGGCACUGGGAUGAGGGUCUAAGCUGCUCUCCAGAAGUGUAGCUAGGGGUGGAGGCAGGUUACUCAUUACCCCAUGCCACAGUGUCAUCAGAUGGGCUAUGGCCAGUGCCUAGCAGCUUCUUCCAGAGGCCUUCAGACGCUGCUCUAAAGAGCCCAGAUUUUUCAAUUCCAGGAUUCCCCCUUCUGCAGCUGGUCACACUUGCUCUCUGACUUUCUCCAGGAAGUGAUGCCCAAAGCCCUGACUGACCAUGAGGCACCUGAGUGAAAUGUUCUAGAAGAGCUUCCUGCAGACUUCACUGUCCUUCCCUUUUCUAACAUGGUUAGGCCUUGAGGAUGGGCAUGUGAAUUACCCAAUGUGUGGAUCACUCGUGGAAAAUCUGGAAGGCCAGGAGGCCUUCCCGCCUUCCCAUACACUCAGGGGUUGAAGUGGAGUAUAAAGGGGAUGGGUGGGGAAAGUGUCUACCCUCAACUACCAGUGCACAUGCAGAAAAUGCAAGUGGAUCUUAAUAGUAGCCUAAAUAAAAUGCCAGGAGGAGAUAUAAUCAACAGAGAGUUGGGCGGGGCCAGAAUCUCUGUAUUCCCUCAGUGGAAAAAGGUUUUUUUUGAAUGAUUUGGUUUUGAAUGAUUUUCACUGGAAUCUGGACAGAGAAUCAUAGGAUGGUGGAAAACCUCUGAUCCAACACUAUCAAGGUGGAAGAGUUGAUUGGCUUAUUAAUAUAAUUGGUAGAGGUUGAGAAUCAUUUAAAAUAUACAUGUUAAACAUCUUACAUAUUUUAUUUGAAGACAUAAAAAGUUCACUUGAUUGCCAAACUUUUUUUUUUUUUGAGAUGGAGUCUUGCUCUGUCACCCAGGCUGGAGUGCAGUGGCACAAUCUUGGCUCAUUACAACCUCCACCUCCUGGGUUCAAGCGAUUCUCCUGCCUCAGCCUCCCAAGUAGUUGGAACUACAGGUGUGCGUCACCAUGGCUGGCUAAUUUUUGUAUUUUUAGUAGAGAUGGGGUUUCGCUAUGUCGGCCAGGCUGGUCUCAAACUCCUGACAUUGUGAUCCACUCUCCUUGGCCUCCCAAAGUGCUGGAAUUAUAGGCGUGAGCCACCAGGCCCAGCCACCAAACUUUUGAUUAGGUGCAAGCUGUGCUUUUUUGUGACCUGUAUGUUUUGUCUGGUGGGAGUCCUACACUUACGUUUUCUUGGUUUGUACUUCAAUCAUAACAGUAAGAACAACUGGCAUAAAAGAAUUCUGGAACAAGCAGAAGUGACCCUUGGUAAGCAGACAGCUCAGCUGGUAGGGGCAAAAGUGUUGGGGAGAAUUAGAAAAAGGUCUCCAUACUGUGGGCUUUCUGGGUGCCCUGGAUGUGGGUCAGCAGAUGUUUUAGAGGAAAUGGUUAACCGGGAGGGAGAUUCAAAGGCGGCUGGAUAAGAGAAUAUCUAUUUUUCUUCCCUAUCACCCUACACAUACGUAUUCUCUCCAAAGAAAGGGAAGACCUGAGGCUUUCAACGUGGUGUUCUUUUUUGAGUUUAAGUAACUGGCUGCCAAUGAAAACCUUUCCUGCCGACUGCAGGCAUGUGGACAGAACCCACCAGCCCCCUCGACACUGGUUGUCCUACUACAGGUAAUCCCAGCUGGUGGCUCUCAAAGUCAUGAGGGUCCAGAAGUUGUUCCUCUGGAUUCAGGUUGUUAAAGGGACUAAUGAUGUCUGCCUCCAUUUCUAUUUUUAAAAACUCACUAACCACAAAUGAAAGAACAAAAAGUUUGAGAGUGUCCUUGUAAGUAUUUGAUGAGUGGCUGGUGGUAUUUUGGAGGGGACAAGUUGAGCAUGUUUAAGACUGCCACAGACAGCCUGUUUGCACCCAGAUCACCACCUCUAGCCACUAGAGGGAGUGGGUGAGAGGCUUGGACUACUUGGUGACUACAAUUUUUUUUUUUUAGCUUAUUAUGAAAAUUUUCAAACACACGAAAAAGUAGAGGGAAAGUUUAAGAAGCCCCAUAAGGUUUAAUGGUUACUAACAUUUGGCCAUAUUUUAUUUUUGUGUGUGGAGUAUUUUAAGAUAAAUCCCAAGAUGUUGUGGCACUUCAUCUCUGAAUACUUCAGUAUGCACUACAUAGGCAUAAGAACUUCCUAUAAGACUAUACGGCCGGGGUCCAAAGUGGCUCCCGCCGGAGGUCGUGGUCCUUGCGAAGGCGAGGUCAUGAGUUCAAGGCUAACCUGAGCAACCUUAUAAGCUCAAACUGAUUGGCAAAAAAAAAAAAAAAGACUAUACGGCCGGGCAUGGUGGCUCAAGCCUGUAAUCCCAGCACUUUGGGAGGCCGAGGCGGGUGGAUCACGAGGUCGAGAGAUCGAGACCAACCUGGUCAACAUGGUGAAACCCUGUCUCUACUAAAAAUACAAAAAAUUAGCUGGGCAUGGUGGUGCGUGCCUGUAAUCCCAGCUACUCAGGAGGCUGAGGCAGGAGAAUUGCCUGAACCCAGGAGGCGGAGGUUGCAGUGAGCCGAGAUCGCGCCAUUGCACUCCAGCCUGGGUAACAAGAGCAAAACUCCGUCUGAAAAAUAAAAUAAUAAAAUAAAGACUAUACUACCAUAAUCACUCAUAACAAAAUUAACAGUAAUUUCUUAAUAUUAUCUAAUGUCCUGUCCAUAUUCAAAUUUCCCUGUUCUCAAGAAAUGAUUCUUGCAGUUUAUUUCUUUGAACAAGGAUCUAAUCAAGCCGCACACGUUGACAAGAAAGUUGAAGUUUAUUUUUGUUGUUAUUUUAUUUGCGGCUUGUUUUAAAGUGGUUAUAUAGUAUUAUGUCAUUCCACAGUUAAGCAUUGUUUAAUGAUAGAGCGCUUAUAGAGCACUCAUGUUAACAUGCAAUAAGUUAAUGACUGAACGAACUCAAAUGAUAAAAAUUCUGCAAUUUAGCCUAAUGAUUCUCUUACUCAGAUUUUUAUUGUGUCAUUUGAUUAAAAUUCUUCCACAGUUGCAA